GUGUGUGUGUGUGUGUGUGUGUGUGUGUGUGUGUGUCGCAGUACACAUGGCAACCGCUGCUAACACAAGCUUAGAUGCACUGUUUAGCUGCAGUUUGGGGCAUAGCUAACGCUACUGUGCUAGCUCUCUUACGGGGGUUUCAGCUAACCUGUAAUGGCUUUUUGCACUUCUGAAUACUUCGAAACUGUUGGAUCUAUUCAGAAGAGUAUACACGAAAGGGAAAAAAGAAGGCAUGAGUUGGAGGAAGAGUUGUUCACCUACUCAAGAUCAGAAGAAAGGCUGGCCAGGCUAAAAUGCACCAAGAUGCGGCAGUAUCAUAAGGAGCUGUGUAAGAGAGAGCAGCAAGCAAAGACUCGUAACCUUGAGCUUCUGAGAAGUGCCGAGAGCCUUGUAUUAAAAGCAAAGGAAUUCUCUGUAGACUAUACUGUACUGCAUCACUUGAAGCAGGAAUGUAAAAAUCGCAUUGCAAGGCUUCCAGAGGAGGGGAAGAUGAGGGAACGCAAAAAAGGUCUUGAAACACAAAAGCAGGAACAAAGCAGGUCUCUUUCUCUCAGCACCGGGCGAACAUCGUCUCAACCUGCUAUCACCUUAAUGGGUUGGCAACCCCUCAAAGACACUUUGGUGGAGGAUGGCAUCAUGAGCUCACAUUCACUGAUAGAGCCAAAACCUAAUCACCCUUCAUCUUCUUUGCUACAAAGCAGCCCUUUGAUGAACGCCCCAAUUUCAAAACCCAGCGGCAACAAAUCUUUAUCUGAUGACAUUCUAAACUCCAAUGAUUUCCCUGAAAGGCAGCUGGUGUGUGAUUGUGAUUCAUGUGUGAGAAAAGUAGAGGUGUGUGGGUCAGAACAGCUGGCUUCUACUCACGUGACCUUGAAGGCAUCUGGAGUGUGCUCUCAUCACGGAAACGCGAGCAGGCCACAGAGCAGCGUGUCAUUGCAGCACCAUCCCAGCCAGUGCGCCUCACCAGAUACCACUCACACAGCAGGCUCCUCUGUGAGCAGGAACAAUAGAGAGCAGGCAGAACCUGAGUCGGCACAACAACGUCAUACACCCAUUCCAGAUCAGAGUAAAAGCAGAAGCUCCAGUAUUGGUAGCUCUGAUGCAGAGGUCACACCUGAACUUUCACUUAACUCCAGCAGAGAUGUUUCAGUUUCACUUGGUGAUAGCCUCCAUGAGCAGCACAAACCCAUCAAGAGUGUCACACCCAUUCAUGAGAGAGAAAAGUCAAAAACUGGAGUGGAGACUGGAGAACCUCUUUUCCCAAAGCCAGAACAUAGACUGUCAAUGGAGGAAUUCUUUUAUCUGCUAGACAGCAUUGAGGAGCGACUCCCUGCUAGAGACACCGAGCUGUACAGUAGCUCUGCAGUCAGUGAACAGAAGCUCGGAGAGAUUAUUAGCCUGUGUAGUCAGCGUGGAGAGUUGAGAGGAGAGGAGCUGAGUGUGUGUGGAGCCGUGGUUCUGCAACAGUUGCCCUGGUUAUUAUGGAACACACCUCAUGGCUGCCUGCUACACAGCGACCUGGUCAACAUACACUGGUUCACUGCAGUAGAUCCAGCACACAUCAGGUCAUGUCUGUCUGGUGAUAGUGUUGCUCUGUGGGAGCGCUGGUUCACACACGCCCUUCAGCUGCUGCAGCAGGAGGUUCUUUCCCUCAACAGCAUCGUGCAGCUCUUCACUCCGCUCCUAGUGCACUACAGUGCCUCCUACGCAGACAAGGCCGAAGUGCUGCUGAAGAGGCUUUUGACCCAUGUGGCUGAGACUCAUCACUCAGCGGAGAGUGAGGACUCCUCAUCCUGCAGCUUACCCUCGCUUUUAAAUGACAGCGCGGAGAUCAAACUGGCCAGACCCUCCAAGAAAUCCAUCAGCUCCGCUGGAACGCGCGGAGAACAAAGUGAUGAAGAGGACAGUACCAACCAAAGCCCUGUGGAAAGUAUUCCUAUUAGAGAGACAAAAGCAUAUCAGCUGCUUAAACAAUCAGUCACACAAGAGAAGCAGUGGCAGAACACACAGAAGGAGGAGGAGGAGGAUGGUUCUGACUUAGAGCCAUCAGGUUUAUCAGAUAAUGAAAAAACGGGGAGCAGCAAGAGGCUUAUUCAAGACUUGCGCAGUGAUUCAAAGAAGAAAACCCAGGCUUUUUCUGCUGUUCAGUCAAAAGCUUUUUGGGGCGAAUCCGAUGACACCAACUCUGACAUUGAAAUGGCCUUGCGUCCUCAGUCCCGCAACACUAACAACAGUGACUUUGAUGACUUUUAUGAUUAGGUUUUAUUUGUACCAAGAGAGCAUACUAUCUCGUUUGUUUUUCACCUGACACUAUGCUGUAACUGCCCUUUUCGUUAAAUAAAAACAAGUCUUUUACUGAGGAACAUUAACAGUUCAUGAAAACAAGGAAGGGGAGACCCUCUUUAUUGUGGGCAAAGAAUGUGGAGAGUGUUCAAAACAGACUGGUGUUAACCCUGCUUGAGUCUCUUUAACUGAACAACACUUGGGCCUGGUUAAAAUAGAUUAAACUUGGUUUUUAAAGUGA